AUGAAGAUUAUGAAUCCGGGCGAGGGUUCCAGACGGGAUACCGAUGGAUGCUCCCAAAUCCAUAAGAUGAUCAAAACUUUGAGCGAUCUGUAUAAAGUUCAACGUGAGGAUGCACAUCAAGAAACUGUUCAAGUCGUGCAGGAGGAAGAAAUCACCGAGGUGGCGGCUUUGCAAAGAGCCAAAAGUGCACCUGCUGCUCGGAUUCGCCCUGAUCCCGUGAAGCGGAUUUUCAAGAUACAGGAUGAUCUUGGUCGGCUAAAGUCUAAUCUAAAACAUGUGAAGCGACUUCAGCUAGAUGUUAAGUUUCGGCUGGACAGACAGCUUCGUAAGCUUUCGCGGGUGAUUGAAUCAGCAAACAGCCAUGGAACCUUGCGUACGAGUGUAGUUGAGGAUGGUUUAGAAGACAUCACCAAGAAUCUGUCGGGCUUGAUGGGGGAGGUCUCGGUGUUGCCUGAGAGGCGGAGAGGGAAGAGAGAUGACGAAGACUGGGAUAAUAAUGGCAAAGGCGUUGUUUGGUUUCCCAGCAUCCACGCAGAAGAGGAUCUCAAAAGACUUGCGUUUUUCAGACAAGUAAAAGAUAAGUUCGAGAAGCUUAGUACUGACCAACAGAUCUGUCUGCUGAGCUUCGCUGUCUUCCCGGAGAAUCAAGAGGUUAAUGGAACGAUGCUGAUGUAUUGGUGGAUCGGUGAGGGCAUUCUUCCGGUUACAGAGGCAGAAGCUGCUGCGAAACACAUUCUUGAUUACUUCACCGAGAUAAACUUGAUUGAACCUGUUAUGGACAUGCGAAAAUUGAAGCCAAGCACCUAUAAGAUGAACCCUUUUGUGCAUUCUUCAGUGGUUCUUAUCUCGGAGGAGAUUGGACUUUUUGAUAUUUAUCAAAAAGGUCGGAAGCCAAGCAUGAACAAAUCAGACUUGAAGAAGGUCUGCCUUGUGGAAGACUCAUCAAGCCAGGUAGAAGCAAAAGCUAAAGUGAUGGAACCAGGAGACGUCGAAACUGUGUUCAAUGUCUCUGAGAAGUUCCCCGAUUUCAUAUUCAAGUGGUUCUCAAGUAUGAAGGCGCUCAGGGUUCUUUAUCUAGGUAGGUGGGAGAGAAGCGAGCGGGAGAUUGAAGUGGAUAGCCAUGGGCUGAUGAAAGAUUUGAGCUCCAUGAGGAAGCUAAGGUUCCUCAGUUUCCAAGGUAUCACAACCAUUAGAAGCAUUAGCCCUUCUGCUUGCAAGCUUGUGAAGCUGAUCAUCUUAGACCUCAGGGGUUGCUAUAACCUGGAGCAACUUCCAGCCGACAUACACAACCUCAAAAGUCUAAUCUACUUGGAUUUGACCAGCUGCUACGCUCUAGAGAACAUUCCAAUGGGGCUGUCUUGGCUACCGAAGCUAGAGGUCCUCAAGGGCUUUGUGGUCGCUGAUGAGAGAGAGUUCGCGUGCAAGCUGUCUCAUUUGUGGCAAUUGCCAAAGCUGAGGAAGCUCAGCGUUAGAGUGGACCAAAAGGAUUUUGGUUUAGAUAAGCUGCUAGAUGCGAUAACCGACUUCAGAGUGCUGCAAAAGCUGAAAGUGCGAUGGGGAAGUGUGAAUCACCAAAGAAAGAAGCAGCCAGAGAUUGAUGAUGCAAAAGGAAUUUUCCUACGCAGCAGGACCUUCACUUCUCGAAUUUCUCGAUUCAGAGCUACGCCUUCUCUUCCUCUAACUUUAAAGAAACUGGACCUGCAACGUUUCCCUGGUAGCGAACUUCCCAACUGGCUUCAGCCUGAGAACCUACAUCAUCUGGAAAAGCUCCACCUUGGAAGCUCGAGACACCUCAAAAGAUUCAGUGACAUAGUACCGGAGAGGCCAUCCAAGUGUAGUGUUCAGGUCUUACGUCUCAAGUUCUUGCAGAAGCUAAAAGUGGAUUGGAUAGAGCUGAGGGAAAUCUACUUCCCAAAACUGAACUUUUUGGAGAUCAAUGAGUGUCCCAGAGUCACUUUGUGUCCCUGUGAUCGAGAUGGAAUCUGGAAAUCUGACGGAUAUGUGUAACCAGCUCUUUUAUGAUCUGCAUUUACUGUGUUCAUCUUUGAUGCAGCUUCUCUAAUUCAUUUUCUGUUUCGCUCUUUACUUCUUUCAGUUUUUUGUUUGUUUGUUUAACCAUGUCACGGAUAGAAACAUCGUCUCCUUUGUUACUGUUGAAUUCACAUAUGUGACAAUGUAUUUGAUUUGCCUUAACAAUUUUUUUUACAUU